GAGGUUUCAAGGUCAUCCAUACUAUUCUGUUGCUGUGACACAGGCUUUGCAGUUUCUGCCCACGCAUUUCGAUUGCAAAACCUAUUCCGUCGUGAGCCUUAUUUCAUAUUUCAUAUUUCAUCUUUGGGUCCCAGUGCGUUACUCGUUCCUACUACAGAGGGGCCGCCGGUGCUUUACUAGUAUACGAUAUUAACGAUCACGAUUCUUAGAACGCGGUUUGUGCUUGGAUAUCCACCGUUCGAAACCUCGCUCUCCCGAACGUUACGAUUUUGGUAAUAGGAAAUAAGCUUGACCUGGCUGAAGAGCGCAGGCAGUGCCACUGCCGUUCGUUUUCACGGAAAGCUUGACUGACGUGCUUCGACCUCGACGAUCACGCUUUCGUUGCAGUUAUGAUCAUAAAGGAAUUCCGGAUCAUACUACCGAUGACGGUUGAAGAGUAUCAGAUCGCGCAGCUAUACGCUGUCGCUGAACUAUCCAAGCAAGAAACUGGAGGUGGUGAUGGCGUAGAGGUCCUCGUGAACGAACCAUUCACUGCUCAUGUGAACGCCCCCGAUCCACCUUUAUUGCAUGGGGACCCAAAGUAUACAACGGGCCAGUAUACACAAAAGUACUAUCACCUAGCAAACAAGGUGCCUGGGAUCGUUCGCGCACUAGCCCCGACUUCAGCUCUCAUUCUAAACGAAGUGGCCUGGAAUGCCUACCCCUACUGUCGAACUAUCCUCACGAACAACUUUUUGAGCAACUCAUUUUCGAUAAAGGUUGAGUCCCUUCAUUCAAGUGAUAUUUCUUUGGAAAAUGCUCAUCAGCUACCUCCGGAACAGUUGGCCUCCCGGGAGGUUGUCCUGAUAGACAUCGGGGAUAUCGACCGGACAGACGCGGACUAUAGUGCGGAUGAGGAUCCCUCGAUAUUUCGCUCGAAAAAAACUGGCCGUGGACCUCUGAAACCUCGAUGGUGGCUUGACAAUUACAAUGGACCAAUCAUGUGUGCCUACAAGUUGGUACACUGCGAGUGCAGCAUUCGCUUACUUCAAUCGCGACUAGAGUCACUCAUACUACGGUUCGCCUUUCCGGACUUGUACUGGCGUUUAAUCUGCUGCGAUCCAUUGGUGUUACCUGCUAUGGCUGACAUGGGGAACCAACUUCUUGUCUCUAGUAACGAGAUCGUUCAGCCAUUUAUGAUUGCGUUUGAGCAAUGAAAGUGCGAUGGCACAAGUUUAGAAUCUUCUCAUCAAUCAGCUCAUGUGGUACAAGUUGUCCGAGCUCUGGAACCAUUCCGAAUUGGCACGGAUGGCGAUAAACGGUGGUUUUUGGAAGGUUAAGGUGUGACGAAACUUCACGCGCACUUUGUUUCGGAUCCUGCUUUGGAGCGUUCUGGGCGUUGCUGACAGUGUCCGCCAUUUUGCGUCUUUGACCUGCGGUGUUUGGCAAUUCGCAGUUCCCUACUUUGAAUCGUCGGUAUCAAAAUACCAUCAUACCUUAACUUGAAGCAUCCGUACCUAGUACGUCACGUCGGUUUCAACAAGCAUCCGCGAACAGUACGUUAAUCAUUAGUCAAUACUGCAGCCAUUUAGAAGAACCGAACAAUCAAGAACGACGGCUCUUCAGCCAUAUGCACCGGCAAGUAUUUUGCCUUAUGGACCGUUGGUAUGGAAUGACAAUGGAAGACAUACGCCGCCUUGAGGAUGAAACCAGAUUGGAAUUGGAAAGACAACGAAAGCACGGGAGUAUUCGGGGUCACAAAGGAGACGAUUGAGAGCUCUCUUUCCGUGUGUCUUUACAAUCAAACUUCUCUCCACAUGUUAGAGCUCCCUGAAAGGGAGCCUUCUCAGUGCACCGCAGUCGACCAUCACUUCCCGUGCAAGUGUUCUCUUUUCUUGCAUUGGAUCCUUCAUGAUGGUUACUCUUCCCCUCAUGACCUGAUAUUUUUCUCUAUAUUUUCAACGAGCCCAUAUUUCGGCUGGUACUACGUCAACUUUUCAUAUGCAAGGAGGGCUCACUUAUCUUCCCCAAUUUUUGCCAGCCAGUUCAACUUCGUCUUGAGUUUAAACCGAAUGCUUGUCCCGUUUAUUUUAUCUUUCUAUGCUUUACUUUACAUAGAUUGCAAUGAAUUCCCUAUUCUGCUGACCAUCAUGUCACCUUCCUGGCUUAAUUUACAGGAAUUCCAGUCGUUCCCUAACUACCAUAUGCUGGUUUUUCUCCUGUUCUUAAAUGCAACACGGGCUCGCUUGUGCAACUAUAUUUAAUACUCUGCGUUAUUUCUCACGACAAUUUGCUCAUGUUGUUAGCUUUUUGCAUUGGGUUUCCAUUUCUUUCCCCGGAAAAGUUUGGCCACAGUGUGAUGUAUAUUUUUAUCUUAAUGAUGGAAUGUUCGAUUCGAGCCUUUUUAUUCUCCCCCCCAAAGUCAUCCUUGUACAGCGGACACAUGGGUCGACAGACUGUUACCAGUACUCUUCUCAUCCGCGACUGACAUAGUGCGUACUGUUGCGAUAAUCCACAUAACAGCUCGAACGAUGUUUGUCACGGAUUUAUUGAAUCUCCAAAAGUCUAUUCCAUUGGUGCCU